UCAGGUCUGGCAUGGGUGAAUGGCAUGUGUCGUAGAAAUUAUAGCUGCACGCUGAUUGAGGGAGCUAAUUUUGAAGCUGCUUUUGUCAUUGCCCAUGAAAUAGCACAUAACUUAGGGGUGCUGCAUGACGGCAAAUAUAAUGAGUGCGAUCAAAAUAAAUACAUCAUGUCAUCCAAAACAGGACCUGGAAAAGUUCAUUGGUCCAGAUGCAGUAAUCGAUACAUCAAUGAUUUCAUUCAGAACGGAAAAGGUUGGUGCCUCAAAAAUGAAGAACCAUCUAAGAAGAGAAGUUUUGAUUUGGCAUCGAUUCUUCUACCAGGACUGAUAUAUUCGCUCUCGGAUCAAUGCAAAUUGUCACUUGGAUCAAACUACACUGCUUAUCGAAGCAGCAAAGAACCUUUCAACAAUGUUUGUCGUGAACUGUGGUGUGCGUCUGGAUCUUGGGCCAAAGCUGCACAUCCUGCUCUUGAAGGGAGUGCUUGCGGUAAUGGAAAGGUUUAA